AUGGACAGGAGCUCGGCAUUUAGAAAGGAGAUAUGUCACAAAGGACAGCAUAUUCCUAUAGAUCCACCUAUAGUACAUAUGUCUGCAUAUACCAAAGGAGGCCUUCACAGAUUGUUUCAACAGAUAGCUCACCCAGAAAAAGUCAGCUUUCCAAUAUAUGAAUAUGGUCAGUUCACCAAUGAAACUGGUCAUUUUUGUCCUGUACUGGGUGUUGUGAUGGCUUCGCGUUACAGGGUGAGGCAGGUGAUCAGCCGACAGGGUCAGUCAGCCAUCCUUUUGCUAGCUGAGGAUUUGUUCUGCCAUAAGAAACAUGUGGUGAUAAAGGUGCUUCACGCUAGUCGUUAUCAACUUGGUGCUCAGGAGACUCACUGUUUGUGGAGGCUCGCCUUGGCAGAUCCCUGGGGAAACUCUAACACAGUCCACUACUUGAAUACCUUUACAUUUGAUGACCACUACUGCAUCGUCUUCAAACCAUUGGUGCCUCUUUCUCUAACAGAAAUUUGUCAAGAUAUACCAUCUCUAAAGGUAAUUCACAGCAUAAGGAAAAUAGCUGUGCGACUGUUAUCAACCUUGGGAUUUCUCUGGCAACAGAAUGUAAUCCAUGCAGACCUUAAACCAGAAAAUAUUUUGCUUCGUGAUAGGAAUGACCUCAGCUCAGUGACAGUAAUUGAUUUUGGAAAUGCUAUCCAGCAUGUCCAUAAAGAGAUUGCACUGUACUAUGAUGACUUUGAGCUCCAGACUCCCCUGUACAGAGCCCCAGAGGUGAUGUUUGGGAUGCCAUUUGGUAAGGAGAUUGACAUGUGGUCAUUAGGAUGUAUCCUGGCUGAACUCUACCUCUCCAAACCCCUUUUCAUGGGCAACUCCAAGAUUGACAUCAUGCAACAGAUAACCUCCUUACUAGGGCCUUUCCCUGGGAGGACGUUUCAGAGGGGGAAGUUUUACAGUAGUUUCCGUCAGUUCACAGAUACUGUUGAGCAGCCAGAUGCUACAGAACUCCUCCUGACUCACCUUGGCUGUAGAGACUAUCUGCUGGCAGACUUCUUGGCUGGACUUCUCCGGUACAAUCCUGAUGAACGUAUGACUCCAUUUGAAGCAGCCAAGCACUCCUUCCUGGCUCCUGAGUUCCCAUUUGGAUAUCUACUUUCCCCAUCCUCGGAAGACAGUGGUGCUGCCUACUCAGCUGUUCAUCUUACAAAUACCAAGUACAAACAUCGCCCUACAGUGGCUGCAGAUAUCCGUAGGAGUAAGCCCAGUACCUAUGACAUACUCAGUCUGGGAACUACUCUGAGUGAGGAGGAGGAGGUGGAGUCUCUCUCAGAGUUUAGCAGCACUCCCAACAAACAAGGCAAGGUGGCUAAGGUUGUCCCAGUACAAAGGGAACAAUCACUUGGCAAGAUUCAGAAAGAUUCAGUGGAAAGAACUCUGCAACAUAAUGAUGUUAGGAACCGAGGCACAGUAGAUUCUACAAGGACAGGCUUAACCAAUGGUAAUAACAAUAGGAAGGAAAAUUUGUCUCCCAGCAGCCUUAAUGAGACAAGGAACAAACGGAGAGUACACAGAAAUCAGCAGGAGUAUGUAUAUCAUGGAGAGGCCAAUCAGCCAUCAAAUAUACAAAGGGAUAGAUAUCAGAAUCAUGCUUUGGCCAAGAGAAGAAGGGAGAGAGCUGAAAAGAAGCUAUCUACUGGUCAUAGGUCAUGUGAAAAAAAUGAUCAGUUUUUGUUAGCUCAACAAGUGGGACAUUCCCCCAGUGGUGGGUGCAACAACAUUUUAUUUGAGCCAACAGAGGGAGAGAGAAUAGAGGCAGUCUGUUCUGGCUCACCUGCUUUUCACAGGAGUGUUCAUACAGAAGAGGGUAAUAACUCAAUGAAACAUGAUGAUGGAGUAAGUAGCCAUUCUACUGUUGAUAGAAAGAAAGAGGAGAGAUGUCCAUUUGGUAUAUCAUCUGUAUCAAAGGGAAAGCGGUUAAAGAUUGAAGGCAGUAAAAUGCAAAGAAAGGAAAAUCAAGAUGGUGAAAGAUUAGGGGAUAAUGAGAGUGAUCAAUUUCAAUUUAACAUGGAGAAUGAUCAGUUAGUAUGGGAGAAUAACAGAAGAAGGGAAGUAACUCCAAAUAGUCAUCAUGAUCAAGUUACGUCUAGGAAUGUUGACGGCAACAGGAGAUGCCAGUAUGAUUUCCAGAAUAAAAAACAUCAAGGUGAUAAGGAACACAGGAGCAUUUCUAGGUCUCGUUCUGAGUUCAAAGAUUUGAAUGAAACCUUUGUAGUAAAGUCUGACAGCCCGUGUACAACUACAGCAUCUGUAGGAUCACGCAAUCAAAGCAGUAUGCAACAGAGAAGCUUAAAUGAUCAGCAUAAUGAAAUUAUAAGACCUUGUCCAGGAUGGUUUUCAAGGAGAGGAAAAGGUGAAAGUGUUACUGAAAAGUUUGAGGAACAAGUCUCUGCACGAGGUAGCUUAUAUCAGAAACCCACUGCCAUGUCAGAGUUAACUGUAUCACAAGUCAGUUGGGAUGGAGAGCAUGUCUCUGAUUCACCUGACACUUCGGUGAUAAGGAAGUAUGUAGAUGGUCUUCCAGAGUCAAAUACUGUCUCACAGCAUCAACAACGUGGUCAAACUAAGCAAACACAAAGACUGGAUAGCCAUGGAAAGAUGAUGCAGCAUCAAGAAAAUGUCUGCCAAGCACCUCCAGGUUGUACUAGAAGAAAAUUAUUGCACAUCAGGCAAUCACCUGCCUUAAUGUCACAUGAAUCUUCAGUCAACCUUCAGCCUGACUUGGACAAACCAAGUAAAAGUAAGACCUGUCAUCAGGAGAGUCCCAGGCAGUCAACACAGAAUGCCAGACAACUUGCCUCUCUGAUGAAGGCUAUUAGAGAGGAGCAGGAUUUGGCAGAACAGGAUUUGUCUGAAAAAGAAUCAGGGAGAUAUAUCAAACAUGAAGUUGAUAGAGCAUUUGAAGGUCUUAUAGAUAGUAACAAUAGAGAAGUGAGAUUUCCAGAAAAGCCUUUAUCAUCAAAAAUGUAUGAUUCUGUCUCUGAGGAUGAAGUCCAUUCAUUUGAUGAAAUAACACUCAAUGAUAUUGAAUCAGGAAAAUGCAGGAAGUCAGGAUAUGAUUCCUGUGAAACUACUGUAGGUGUGGGGGCCUUAAAGCAGUGUCUUAACUACAACAACUUACAGAGGAAGAGGCAUGGUUACAACCAUCCAAGAAGUAAGCAAGCAUCAACAUCACAUUCUCCUUGUGUUAAAGAAGAAAAAUAUAUUAAAGCAGUGGGCAGUAUGGAAAACAGUGUAGACUAUUGGGAAAAGAUACAUUCACAUGAGUCUUCAUCUGUCAGAUGUUCUGCCUCAAGUCAAAACUUGCCAUGUUCAAAUAAAUCGACAUCUUUCAGAUGUUCUGCCUCAAGUCAAAACUCACCAUGUUCACAAAAGUCUUCAUCUGUACAAUGUUCUGCUUUUGGACAACACUUACCUUGUAAUGAGGACAGUACUGAUAUCUACAAAUCUGCCAUCCACAAAGUGGCAGAUACACAAAACAUUUUGUCAGAAAAAUCUGGAGUUUCCAUAGAGGAAAUGAAACCUUUGAAAACUGAAGUAAAAUGCAAAUCUGAAAGCAGACCAAGAAGUUAUGAUGCAGACAUAUAUGAUAGAGCGUGUAAAGGUUCGUGUGACAAGGUUUUUACCUUGAACCAAAAGGACAGUAAAGGAACUGAACUAUCUGGAAUAGCAUGCAAUAAUCAAAGUGGAAUAGAUAGACAAAGGAUAUGCAGGACGCAGGACAGAAACUUUCAUAAUAACUACACCGAUAUAACUUCAGCAUCACAAAAAUUUACGUCAGAUAAGCAUCUCUUGAUUGAAUCAGAAGAUGGAUUUUCUUCAACAUCAUCCACAAAGUCUGCUCAAGUUGUUAGAUCAAACAAGCAAGAGAUGAUCUUACCGGCAAGAUAUAGUACUACAACCAAGUCCAAUCCCUCAGCAGAAACUCAGGAGUCAGAUUUGUUAGAAUCUGAUUCCUGCAAGCAAGUCUUCCAGUCCAAGGUACAAGUGAAAAAAAUUGCUAAGAAGAGGCUCAAUUUUACACAGGCAUUGAAACCUCUGAAAGGCAAUAAAACUAAGGUCAAAGCAUUUUCCAAAUCUCGAACUACCCCAGUUACAAAUCAACAAAGCACCAAGAGACUCGCAAAAUCAAGAACUAACAGAAAAGAGGAAGAUCCAUAUGUUUUCUUAAUCACUCCUGAAAAAUCCCUGUCGAGUCAUUCAAAACAAAGUGUCAUUGAAAAAUCUGCUAGUGGAAAGAAAAGAAAGAAGAGGUACUCUCAAAUAGUAUCUGAAGAAAACCUCAACGAAGACUUGGAUGAGCCACUAGGAAAAUAUUAUAGGAGGAAAAACAGCAUGAGAAGGGAAGCAAACCAGUCUAGGCAAGGUCAGAUGGAAAAUGGAGAAACCACAAAGUCAAGGGAAGAGGUGAUCAGCAAGGAGAAAUUAGUUCACCAGUCCAAGUUGUGUUCUACAAACUCAAAAGAUCAAGGUUAUAGUCCUGACAGUGAGUCCAUGCAUUUGAGUGUUAGAGAAAUGCAAUCGUCUUUCCUCAUUGAAAACAAAACGGAACAAACACAUAAGCGAAAAGCAGCCAGUCAUCCCAGAACUAGUAUGAAGAGACAAAAACAAUCUGACAAGUGGAAUAAUUACUACAAUGAUAACAUCAGUUCUGAAGAAUUGGGUAUGUCACUUGACAAAAAUGGUGUAGAAAUUCAAAACUCUUCAGAAAAAUUUGAUGACAGUGAAGAAGUAGGGAAGUUAGAAUAUGAAGAUGUGGAGAAACGUCGCUUACACAAUGUUUCUCAGUCAAAAAAGUAUAAAAAUGAGAGAACAAGGGCCGAGGACUGUAACUAUAAGGAGGAGUGUAGUGUUUACCAAUAUAGCACAAAUCAACCAGAACAUUCAGUCACGCAGAAGAUAUAUAAAAAAGGACACAUUAACUCAAAGAAUGUGGUCAAAUCUAGCAAACACCCUCACAGGUCUCCAAGGAAAUCCCAGUCAGUUGGACACCAGCACACACAUAGUGAAGGAUUAGAUUCUGUAGGUGAAAAGUCAGUAGCCAGUAGAAGAUGUAAUCUGGUAGCUAUUAGAAAAUCUAAAAGCAUUAAGUCCAUUAAUAACAUUUCAAAAGAUGUAAAUCUACUAUAUCAUCUUGGAGAGUCAGAAAGAGACUACAAAUAUGCUACUGUAACAGAAAAGAUGUUACCAAGGGCAGGGUUACACCAGCAAAAUAUUAUGUCUGGUGAUUCUUCAGAAGAGGAAGGGACUAAAGAAGAUGGAUCAGAGAUGUAUUCUUCAGACUCGGAAGAGGUCUUGCUUGUAUAA